AUGGCGCAAGCGCCGCGAAAGCCUCUAAUCACCAUCGUCGGUGCGACAGGGACUGGCAAGUCUGAUCUGGCAGUAGAAAUCGCGCGGAAAUAUAAUGGCGAAAUCAUCAACGGCGACGCGAUGCAACUGUAUCGUGGACUGCCUAUUAUCACCAAUAAAAUCACACAAGAGGAGACGAAAGGGGUUCCUCAUCAUCUCCUAGGCUGCAUUAGCCUUGAAGAAGAGACUUGGACUGUGGGGAAAUUCGUAGGCGAGGCUUUGAGAACAAUCGAUGAAAUUCGAGGUAGAGGCAAACUACCAGUCUUAGUUGGUGGCACUCACUACUAUACGCAGUCACUCUUGUUCCAGGAUGCGCUAUCAGAUGAGCCCGAGUUGAAUCUGAAUGAGAAUAGCCAACCUCUACCAAUACUUGAAGAGCCGACCGACAUCCUGCACACAAAGCUAAGGGAAGUUGAUCCCAUCAUGGCCGAUCGGUGGCAUCCAAAUGAGCGGCGCAAAAUCCAGCGGUCACUUGAGAUAUAUCUAAGAACAGGCAAACCAGCUUCGCAGCUCUACAAAGAGCAAAAGCUUCAACGCGAGGCCUCUGCUGUCCAAGCGGAUGGCACAACAUCGGAUAGUCGGUCAGGCCUUCGUUUCGAAACUCUUGUGUUCUGGGUGCACGCCAACAAGGACGUGCUGCAUCGCCGUCUUGAUGGCCGUGUUGAUAAGAUGAUCGCCCGAGGUCUGCUUUCUGAAGUUGAGGAACUCGGUAGUUUCCGUGAACGCCACGAAUCUAAUACUGGUGCGAGCAUAGACCAAACUCGCGGUAUCUGGGUAUCCAUAGGAUACAAAGAGUUUUUGGAGUACCAAAGCGCUCUUUCGGACAACUCACGCGAAGCAUCCGAGCUGGAGAAGCUCAAGACCCUCGCCAUCGAGAAGACGCAAGCUGCUACCCGUCAAUACGCCAAUCGGCAGAUCAAGUGGAUACGCAUUAAGCUUCUCAAUGCACUGAUCAGUGCAGGCCAAAAGAACACCACGUUCCUAGUCGACGGUUCCAACAUAUCUCAAUGGGAAGACAAGGUCACCAAACCCGCCAUAGCCAUUACCGAACACUUCCUCUCCGGCCAACCACUUCCCUCACCCUCGACAUUAUCGCCAGCAGCAGCAGAAAUGCUGAUGCCGAAGCGCGAGUACGAUUUAGGCCAGCGACCAGACCUCUGGCAGAAGAAAGUCUGUGAGACAUGCGGUACGACGUCAAUCACCGAGAAUGACUGGAGUUUACACGUCAAGAGCCGUGCACAUCGCAAAGCAGUAGCCACAAGAAAGAAGCAUGAAAACGCACACAAGAUGCGGAACGGUAGCGCGAAAAGCCCUCAAGCAGAAGUGAUUGAUGUUCUCGAACACUUUCUAGAUACCUUUCCUGGAAGCAAAGAGCCCAAAUGA